AUGACAUAUGGAACUGCUAUGACAUAUGGAACUGCUAUGACAUAUGGAACUGCUAUGACAUAUGGAACUGCUAUGACAUUUGGAACUGCUAUGACAUAUGGAACUGAUAUACUUGGAACUGCUAUGACAUAUGGAACUGCUAUGACAUAUGGAACUGCUAUGACAUAUGGAACUGCUAUGACAUAUGGAACUGAUAUACUUGGAACUGCUAUGACAUAUGGAACUGCUAUGACAUAUGGAACUGCUAUGACAUAUGGAACUGAUAUACUUGGAACUGCUAUGACAUAUGGAACUGCUAUGACAUAUGGAACUGCUAUGACAUAUGGAACUGCUAUGACAUAUGGAACUGCUAUGACAUAUGGAACUGCUAUGACAUAUGGAACUGCUAUGACAUAUGGAACUGAUAUACUUGGAACUGCUAUGACAUAUGGAACUGCUAUGACAUAUGGAACUGCUAUGACAUAUGGAACUGCUAUGACAUAUGGAACUGCUAUGACAUAUGGAACUGCUAUGACAUAUGGAACUGCUAUGACAUAUGGAACUGCUAUGACAUAUGGAACUGCUAUGACAUAUGGAACUGAUAUACUUGGAACUGCUAUGACAUAUGGAACUGAUAUACUUGGAACUGCUAUGACAUAUGGAACUGCUAUGACAUAUGGAACUGCUAUGACAUAUGGAACUGAUAUACUUGGAACUGCUAUGACAUAUGGAACUGCUAUGACAUAUGGAACUGCUAUGACAUAUGGAACUGAUAUACUUGGAACUGCUAUGACAUAUGGAACUGCUAUGACAUAUGGAACUGCUAUGACAUAUGGAACUGCUAUGACAUAUGGAACUGCUAUGACAUAUGGAACUGAUAUACUUGGAACUGCUAUGACAUAUGGAACUGCUAUGACAUAUGGAACUGCUAUGACAUAUGGAACUGCUAUGACAUAUGGAACUGCUAUGACAUAUGGAACUGCUAUGACAUAUGGAACUGAUAUACUUGGAACUGCUAUGACAUAUGGAACUGCUAUGACAUAUGGAACUGCUAUGACAUAUGGAACUGCUAUGACAUAUGGAACUGCUAUGACAUAUGGAACUGCUAUGACAUAUGGAACUGAUAUACUUGGAACUGCUAUGACAUAUGGAACUGAUAUACUUGGAACUGCUAUGACAUAUGGAACUGCUAUGACAUAUGGAACUGCUAUGACAUAUGGAACUGCUAUGACAUAUGGAACUGCUAUGACAUUUGGAACUGAUAUACUUGGAACUGCUAUGACAUAUGAAACUGCUAUGACAUAUGGAACUGCUAUACUUGAAACUGCUAUGACAUAUGGAACUGAUAUACUUGGAACUGCUAUGACAUAUGGAACUGCUAUGACAUAUGGAACUGCUAUGACAUAUGGAACUGAUAUACUUGGAACUGCUAUGACAUAUGAAACUGCUAUGACAUAUGGAACUGCUAUGACAUAUGAAACUGCUAUGACAUAUGGAACUGCUAUGACAUAUGGAACUGCUAUGACAUAUGGAACUGCUAUGACAUAUGGAACUGCUAUGACAUAUGGAACUGCUAUGACAUAUGGAACUGAUAUACUUGGAACUGCUAUGACAUAUGAAACUGCUAUGACAUAUGGAACUGCUAUGACAUAUGGAACUGCUAUGACAUAUGGAACUGCUAUGACAUAUGGAACUGAUAUACUUGGAACUGCUAUGACAUAUGAAACUGCUAUGACAUAUGGAACUGAUAUACCUGAAACUGCUAUGACAUAUGGAACUGAUAUACUUGGAACUGCUAUGACAUAUGAAACUGCUAUGACAUAUGGAACUGAUAUACCUGAAACUGCUAUGACAUAUGAAACUGCUAUGACAUAUGGAACUGAUAUACCUGAAACUGCUAUGACAUAUGGAACUGCUAUGACAUAUGGAACUGAUAUACUUGGAACUGCUAUGACAUAUGGAACUGCUAUGACAUAUGGAACUGCUAUGACAUAUGGAACUGAUAUACUUGGAACUGCUAUGACAUAUGGAACUGCUAUGACAUAUGGAACUGAUAUACUUGGAACUGCUAUGACAUAUGAAACUGCUAUGACAUAUGGAACUGAUAUACCUGAAACUGCUAUGACAUAUGGAACUGAUAUACUUGGAACUGCUAUGACAUAUGAAACUGCUAUGACAUAUGGAACUGAUAUACCUGAAACUGCUAUGACAUAUGAAACUGCUAUGACAUAUGGAACUGAUAUACCUGAAACUGCUAUGACAUAUGGAACUGAUAUACUUGGAACUGCUAUGACAUAUGAAACUGCUAUGACAUAUGGAACUGAUAUACCUGAAACUGCUAUGACAUAUGAAACUGCUAUGACAUAUGGAACUGAUAUACCUGAAACUGCUAUGACAUAUGAAACUGCUAUGACAUAUGGAACUGAUAUACCUGAAACUGCUAUGACAUAUGGAACUGAUAUACCUGAAACUGCUAUGACAUAUGGAACUGAUAUACCUGAAACUGCUAUGACAUAUGAAACUGCUAUGACAUAUGGAACUCAACAUAUAACAUAUGGAACAGACAUUAUGAUAUAA